AUGAUUACAGACGAUCAACUGAAUACCAUUGCCAUCACGUUUGGUCUCGUGUCUGUAUCACUUAUUGUGGUGUAUCAGUUCGUCGAGUCGAACUUUGCGUCUGACAAGGAGUAG